AUGCGUCCUUAUAUUUACAAGGAAGCGACAACAUCAAUAAUUGACUUACAAAAAAUUACUACUAGCUGUCAGGAAUUAGGAGGAUUUUUAACUAAUUUUGUCGAAAUGAAGAAAAAGUUAAAGGAACUAUACGGAUUAAAUAGUUUUUUAACCCGAGACAGUUUCCAAAAUUUGAUCAAAAAAGAGCAAGUUAGUUUGGAAAAAAGAAGAAACAAAUUACAAAAUAUUUAUGAAGGAGUAAUUAAUUUGUACCAACAACCCGAUGCUUUAUUUAUUAUUGGUCUAAAUAAAGAAAAAACUGCUUUUCGGGAAGCCAAAAAAAUUGGGAUACCGGUCAUUGCCGUUUGUAAUAGUAAUUGUAAUCCUCGUUUGGUUGAUUACGUUAUUCCGGGUAAUGAUGAAAGUGUUAAGUCAGUUACUUUUUUUGCUAAUUUAGUGGCUGAUUCCAUUAUUGCGGCUAAGAAGGGCAAAGAAUUGGGAGAGGAUGGGGUUGAUGGAGAAAAAAAUAAAAAUAAUUUACCGCCAGAAAUACCAAAGCAACCGAAUGAUAAUCCCGAGCCAAUUCCAGGUGAUAGAAAAGAAGAGAAAAAUAUUAUUAAGGGUGUCAAUCGUAAAGAUUGGAGAGUUAUUUAUGUUAGCGAAAACCAUCCUGAAAUCAAGCGAUUAUUAAGAGAAAGAAAAUUACAAGAGAAAAAGCAAUUUACUGUUCGCUAUGGAAAACCAGAUAAAGAGGAGAAUAAUUUUUGA